AUGACUAAUGAAGAACGAUACAGUCUACUACUACAGAGAAACUAUCCCAAGGACAAACCGGAACUUUUGCCAAUUGUACCAAUACUGGAGUAUUUCGAUGCACCCCCUGUACUUGCUACAGGAAUGUGUGCCGAGAUAAACGGCUAUUUCGGGGCGAGUAGUGGUUAUGAUGACGAUGAAAGAUUGAAGCGUUACAGUACGUGGAUGCGCUGUCUUGUGAAGAUGGUUCUCAAAAAACCUGUCAACGGCAAGAACUACAAUUGGUUCGAAAUGACAUUGUUGAGUCGAUGGGCUGCGCUUGCGGAUACGCAUCAUAUUAUGUGUACUGAUGCGCCGGAUCAUUUUCCCAGAAGUCUUUUGAAUGCAUUGAAAAAGGCUUCUUACCAGACGAGCCCGGAUUAUUUCCGAGACCCAUUUUCGAUGCAUGCGCAGUUACUGGAUCAGAUCGUGGAGUUGAACGAUAAGUCUGUAUGGGCUAUUAGGCACCCUAUUCGGGAUAUUGAAAAGCAACGACCAACCGCCAGCCCAGACUUUGAGUCAAUGCACGAGAUCUCUCGGCAUACAAUCCACAUCUCUGAAGUAUUGCUGGUUACUAUAUUGAAUUUUGAGAGUCUGAGGGAGCAGCAAAGAUACAUGCAUAGUGAAAGUAUCAAGUCGCACGAGGGUAAACUACUUCUAGGUAAAGAGUAUCGGGAGGGGGCUCUUGAAUAUCUGAAUUUUCAGAUUCAGAUGCUCAAAAGUUUGAGGGAACGGUCCAUUUCGAAUCAUUCGAGGUUGAGCAGUGAGAUUACCGUUGCCUAUAACCGUAUAGCUCAGCAAGACAAUCGAGUCAUGAACUCAAUCGCAUUUCUGACCAUGAUCUUCCUUCCUGCUGCGUUCAUCUCAGUGAGUCUUUCGUCUCUUAUUUUGCCGAUAUACUCUAAUAUUCUUCAGUCCUUCUUCAGCACAACAUUCUUCAGCUUCGGUGAGGAUGGACUGCAAGUCUCCAAACAAAUGUGGCUCUACUGGGCCGUCACCAUCCCAUCCACGCUAAUCAUCAUGAUCGUCUGGCGAUUAUGUCUCCAUACCAAGGCGCCGUUGACAUACCACUCCAUAAAGCAAUUUGGCAAGACCCGGUAUAACCGAAUGCUGAAAAAGGACAAUAACGAGAAGAUGACUGUUUGA